UGGAAUUAGCUUUAAAUUUGAACUUCACCUUGGAAUCCAGUGCUUUCUGUGGCCAAAGCAUGAUGGGAGGAGGCUGUUGCUCCUUCAGAGAAGGCUGCAGAUCCCGGGGUCCUGACUCUCACAGAUGUUAGAGUUUCAAGGGGAGCUGCUGUGGAAUCUGAUACAUUUUGCCAGUAUGGUGAAACUGAGACCUUUGCAGAAAAGAAAAAUGUUGGCCGUGAUUCAGCAUGCUUGCCUGCAGGGAGGCCAGGCAGGCUGUGUCCUGGCAAAGGCUGCUCUCGUCCUGGAGGUGAGGCUGACGGCGCUGCCCACGGGCUACCACACGUAAACGUCCGGGCAGGACCGCCCUCAAGACGCGAGUGGACUCAUUGGUUGCAGCUGGGCCAUGGUGUUUGCUGCUGGAGGCUUCAAAGUGAAACUUUAUGAUAUUGCACAACAACAAUUAACAACUGCACUGGAAAACAUUCGCAAACAAAUGAAAGAGCUGGAGGAGUCGGGAUUUCUGAAAGGAAGUUUGAGUGCAGAGAAGCAGUUGGCUCUCAUCAGCGUCUGCACAGACCUGAAGGCUGCAGUAGAGGGUGCUACUUUCAUUCAGGAAUGUACUCCAGAGAACCUGGAACUGAAAAAGAAGAUUUUCAGUCAGUUAGAUCUCAUUGUUGAUGACAGUGUUAUCUUGAGCAGCUCAACCUCUUGUCUCUUACCCAGCAAAUUGUUCACUGGCCUUAAACAUGUUAAGCAGUGUAUUGUGUCACAUCCUGUAAAUCCACCUUACUUUGUGCCAUUGGUUGAAAUUGUUCCACAUCCAGAAACAGAUCCUUCUGUUACAGAGAGAACAUACACUCUGAUGAAGAAGAUUGGACAAUCGCCUGUCAAAUUAAACAGAGAAAUCGAGGGGUUUGUUCUGAAUCGACUCCAGUAUGCAGUGAUAAGUGAAGCCUGGAGACUUGUGGGUGAAGGAGUAAUAUCUCCUACUGAUCUAGACGUUGUGAUGUCUGAUGGACUGGGAAUGCGAUACGCAUUUAUUGGACCUCUGGAAACCAUGCAUCUUAAUGCAGAAGGUAUUUCAAAUUAUUGUGAAAGGUACCGUGAAGGUAUGAAACUUGUUCUGAACACCUUUGGACCAGUUCCAGAAUUUUCAGGUGAAAUUGAGCAGAAGAUCAGUCAGGCGAUGUCUGAAAAAAUUCCAGCUGUUCCAAAACACCUGGGCACCAGAAGAGAAUGGAGAGAUGAAUGUCUCAUUGGUCUUGCCAAACUGAAACAACAAAUGAAAUCUAACUGAGGUGCACCUUGUGGUUCUUCAUAAAACAUGGAAAUUUUUGGUCAUGCAGAAGAGGAGACCGAAUGUGCAAGCAGUGAUGUGCACAAGUGUAGAGACCAAUGAAAUAUUUGGUCCAAAUUUGUCAUGGCAUAAUUAACCAAUAACUGGAAACAGUUACUAGAAGUUCAGUUAAAGCUGUAUCAGAUUAUUACAUAUAUGCGUUGGAUGUGUAAGCAUUAAGUAGCUUUAGCAAUAUUAAUAUUGUGCAAUGCUUGAACACAAUCAUAUUUUAAAUAAUGCAUUUUUCAGCUUGCUUUGAAAUUCAGCACUUGAACAAUAUUUGCUUAUGCAGGGAUCUGAAACUGGCAAACAUCAGCUGUUUGUCAUUGGAGAAAAUGAGCCCUCAUUGCCAAUCAGUGUGGCAGUGAGGUUAAUUUGUAAAGCACUAACUGCAGAUAGGAGGUUGUGCUAAGCAGAGAGUAGGUUUUUUGGCCAGUGAGCUGAGACCUCAGCAGCACUAAGGGUCACUUCAGCUUAGUUCUGUAACCAUUCCACAAUGCAGGGGAAAGAAUUAUCAUCCCUGGAGGCAUUCAAGGCCAGGCUGGAUGGGGCCCUGGGCAGUCUGAUCCGGUGGGUGGCAGCCCUGCCCACCGCAGGUGGUUGGAGCUUGAUGGUCUUUAAGGUCCCUUCCAACCUAAGCCAUUCUGUGGUUACUCCAACUUUCCCCCCUUUGGCACUUCUGUACUAGUGUGAUGAUCUGAAUGUGAGUGAAUAGAUCCCUCCUCAUCCCCUCCCCCUGGUUCAGUAAGAUUGACCAGAUACCUACUCACUUCUUCAGACAAUGCACUUGAUACCCUACAGCUUUGCCUGAACUUGAGUCAGGUGGUUGAUGCUGUCAGUAGGCAUUGCUGCAUAGACAAGCUCUGUUCUAAGGCUUGCCUAUGAGAAAUAAAGUAAUUUGAUUAAAAGCUAUUUUGGGAGACGAUAUAGUGUAGUGGAUUUAUCUAGGCUCUUCCAAGCAACACUUCAACCUUCUUAAUGAUCUUGGGAAGGGAAUUCAGCUCUAUGUUCCUUGUACGUUAUCAGAAGCGAUGAUGGUUUACUUAAGACUCCGCUGUAGACCCCGGGUAUCUGAUACUUUGCUGUGCUGCAGAGGGAAAGAUGCAGUGGCUUAGAUGUAGCACUUAAGCCUUACUGCUGUCCUCCCUGCAGGAGGAGGCACAGUGUCUGUGUUAGGAUAGAGUGUACACCUGAAAGCAGCAAUAUCUCCAGCAGCUGCAGUGGCGUGCUUGAGCCCACAUCAAAGUUGUCUUACAAAUGUAUGUACCACGUAAUAUAGCUGGAUUUUGAACUUGGAUCUUGCACAGAUUCUGAAACGUUAAACGCUCAUUUUGCUAAUGCUCAUCUCAGGGGCAUUUCAAGUCUUGUUCUUUACGGAAGGUGCAGACAGAAACAUGUUACUGCAGCUCAGUUAGUUACGGUGCUGAACAGCAGAAAUGUCUGCAGGAACACGCCAGUACCACUUCUGUGUAAAUCACAAUGAACAAGAUUGGAGAUAAGUUGUGUUCCCUGGUGCACGUAGUCAUCUGAGAGCACAUCUGCCUGUUAAGCACGGGAUGGGGGGCGUGAUGUAGAGAUUGUCCUACAUUAAUUUAUCAUUUGUGGAGAGAAAGGAGGAUUUGUGAACUCUCUUUUAUCCCAAAGUAGGAUUAAAAUUGUCAGGUUUCUUCUGUUGCUUUUUAUUGCCACGUUGACUGGUGCAACCCUCAUUAAGUAUCUGAAAUUGGGGAGGUCAGCGCCCACACUUGGUGCCCUAUUAAGCAAUAAUGAAUUAAUUAUAAAAGUGAUUUCCUCGUAUUAUGUAUGUUUUUGUAUUUUGGGCUAUGGAAGGUUCAAGAUCAAACCUGUUUUGUUAUGAGCAUAUGGCACUGUCAUAACGAAUUAGCUUACGUUGCUUGUGUUGAUUCGGAGAUGUUUUAAAACCCGACUGUGUCUUGAAAGAUUUGCUUCCAUCUUCAUUAUUUGCUCAUGAAUAAAAUAUUUUAAUGAGAAAUGUUCUAAA